AAUCCCACAGCAGUAAAGAAGAAAAAUAAAGUGGUAGAUUGUUGUAAGUUCUAAAAGCAGAAAAAGAGGCAGGCAAGACUUUAAAAGAUUGUGGUUAUAGAUUGGCUGUACAUCAAGCGGGCAAAACUGAUUUUAGGAAAACUUACUGAGCCAAAAAAAAAAAAAAAAAAAAAAAACAGAGGAGAAAUACAACUGGUAAAAGAAGCCAGUGGAAACAACACAGUGAUGUGAAAGUUAAACUUCAAGUGGAGCGAAGUGUUUUUAAAUCUUUUCUCCCCUGAAGGCGUUUUUGGAAGCCUCUCUCAUCAGUCUGGGCAGGACUCAUUUGUCCUGCUAUCCCUCCCAUCUCUCCUCCUUUUCCCCUCUGUUCAUCGCACAGAGUGAAACUAGUGCCACACGAUAACUACAGGUUGAGAAGUGAGUGAGGGAAAGGGAGACAGACGGAAGAAAGAGGAGAGACGGCCACACACCUCACACUCUGGAGUUUGGAGUCACUGUGCAGCCAGGAAAGAAGGCAGAGUGUGAGCGGACGGGCCGGGCUCUGCGCAGCCCUCUCUGUGUGUCUGAAACGUGCUGAAAGCUGCUCCGCUCUGCGCCGCCCAUGAGCCCCAGCUCCCGUCUGCCCCAGCUGAGUGACGCAAAGAGACCCAGACUAAAGGAAACGGCUACAACCAUGAGUCUUCUGCCUGUGUCGGCUUCACAGAUUCACUCGUGAGGUCAGCUUUGCUUCAGUGCCAGAUCCUCAGUUCACAAUGAGGGUGAAGAGAUGAGCUUGCAGCAAGCAGCCCUGUCCCUGCUGUUCCUGCCACUGGACUUUUACUAAAUCCCAUUGCCCAGAAGAUGACGUCCCUGACUCCCAGAUUCUGAGGACCAGGACUUCACAGCACAGACUGUGCACCAUGGCAGGAGAGACUCAACAGAUGCAUGCAGUCAAAGAGCUGGAUGCAGGGUCCAAACAGCAGGAUGAGGAUACGGCGCUGGAACAGCAGAGUGACAAAGCCACAAAGGGAUCUUCGAAGCACUUUUCAAGCACAGGCACUGAGGCCAGACUCAGCAACAGAGAGGCCAACGCUGAAAGCAUAGAUAAAGAGAGGGACUGUCCUCAGCAGCGUGAAGCUGUCAUACGGCCACAGCAGACGGGGAAGAUUGACUUCAAAUCACUGCACAACAGAUCAAAGUUUGUCACUGACGGGACUUGGGCGAGCGGGAAAGGCAGUCCCCACUCACCAAGUGGAAAGGGCCGCAGCCGAGAGAAGGGGAAGCGGUCAGGAAAGACAGAACGUGGCAACCCGCAGCAGCUGUACAGACUAAGCAUUACAAGUCCACGCACCGUUGGCAUUGCCUAUCCGCAACAGAAGGUUUUGCCACCCAAGAAGCUGGAAACCAGUCGUGGCCCGGUCUCGAGCAGCUACAGAUUCCACAUUUCCAGUAUGCCAGAGAGAGAGGCUGAACUGCAACAGGAAGAGCUCAGCUACAGUCGCUUCUUCCAGGAAAACCCRGCCAACAUUACGUCCCCAAGCUAUACCUCACAGCCGCUGGGUUCCUCAAGUGGAACAACAUCCCAUCCACAUCCACCCUUGUCACAACAGCCAGUUUCAAUGGAGAACAGUGCACAGACUGGUAGCCCGCUCAUUUUGACUGACUGUCAGCUUAGUGGCUCAAACACUUGGCAGUCUCCUGAACGAACUUUUAAUGGUGCUAAUUAUGGGCUUUCAUCACAAAAAUCUACUCUCCCAGAAACCAGUAAGACAAGUGGAUUUGUGCCUGGUCCAUUUCAGUAUGGAUAUCAUUUACUGGAACAAGCAACCUCUGAGUCUUUUCCCUGUGAACAGAACCCCCAAUCCCAAGACUUAAGCUCUUCACUGGGCUCUGUUCAUGUCACCCACAACUCUUUUUCCUUUACCCCUGGAGCAGGGCAAAACAUUGCUCAGAACAGCACUCAGUUCAGUAAUGAACAUCAGCCAGAGGACAGAAGUGCUUAUCCCCAUCCCCCGCAGCACCAAUUUAUUCAAGCAGUGGCUUCAUCCAUCCAGUGUCCCAGGAAUCUGAGUGAAGACUCACCCAGCAGUGACAGCUCUGGCUCCGGCUCACAGCAGUCAGAGCAGGGGAAGCCCGCUCUACCUGAGAGCACAGACAAUAUUGCACAGGCGGACAGUCAGGAGGCAGCCAUCACCUCUGGGAAUAAGAGAAACUGUCAUUCCAAAGACACAGCUGCCAGCCAAAGAACACUCAUCCAAGGUGGUAUACACACAAGAAAUAUUUCACAAGGRCCAAGCUCUCCGAUGAACUUCCCCAACAGAACAUUUAACAGUCCUGCGGUGAAUAUCGUUUGCACAAACUCAAUUCCUUUUGAGAAAAACAACAAUAAGGUUCUGAACAGGAUACCACACUCCUGGGAAGGGCCUAACAAGUCAUAUUCACCAGCUGAUCAAAACACAAUUCAGUACACUGAUAUGAAUGAGAAGUUUCAGUUUCAAAGCCAGACAGCUAUUGAUAAUAGGCCAAAUUCAUCUAAAAGCAGCAGAAUGUCCUGGCAAAUACGCCCAAGCUCUGCCCUGCCAAACCCAAACAGGAUGGAGUCAUCAAGGCAAAUAAGCAAUCAAAAUCUGGCUUACAUAGUGUCCUCCUCUGACUGGCAGGAUGAGAGUAAAUCACAUAAAAAUAACUCUUUGAAAAACCCCGUCCAUUUUCAGAGCAGCAGAAGUGGAGACGUGCUGUCAAAUCAAAGGCAAGACUCUGCAAAACAUAACGGUAACACCGUCUCAGCUUUUAAAGUAGAGAUGAGRCACUCAAAACUGUGUGAGUCCAAGAAUAAGUCUCUAUACUUUGGACUGAAUCAGUCUCUUUCAGCAGCACCGUCACAGCACUACAACUAUCCACCAUUACAGGUCCCACCUAUGGGGCUUAUGAGGGUGUCACCGUAUGAGUCCCCUUUGCCCUCCCCAGUUCACAACCCGGCAUCCAGUAGCACCUGCUCCUCCCUCUCGCCAGCAUCCACSAGCCCAGUUAAUGUCUGUUCAGAGGACAGCCAGAUGGCAAAAACAGCCCCGCCUCACUCGUUCUAUCACCAGCCACAAAGUAAAGCUCAGCUGCCUUCAGAUCACUUGAACACGCACCAGUUUCACCCUGACGCAUCGCGGACUCUUCCAUUCACGUCAGACAGGCCCAAAGACGACAUGAUGAGCUACCUGCCAAACAGCACACAUCCAAAGACGGKAAUGGAGAAAGGUAAAGGCUACGUGGAUAGUUUUGGGGUGGAGCAUCACCAGCCUCCACCGACAUACUCUGACCAUCAGCUCGCCAGCUCACUGGCCACGGCAAACCUCGACCAGUUAGACGUGUUUCUGACCUGCAAACAGUGCGAUCAGAAUUUCAACAACCUGGCUUCGUUUCUAGGCCAUAAGCAAUACUGCGCUCAACAGACGUUUGCACAAAACGACCUCAAAGACAUGCCAAAGAUGGAGGAGAAUCGAAAGUUUCAUGUAGAACCAGUCAAAGCAGCUCCAGCAAACGUUUCACUGUCGAGGUGUCCGUCUGACCUCCACCUGUCGCUGCUGGGCCURAACAAAAACGGAGAACUGAUGUGUGAAAGUGAAACAAAAGGAGAAAAUAAAGAUGAUCCAAUGAAACUUGGGCUGUUCUCCAGUCCAGGUAGCCUUCCUGUUCCUCUCCCAGAGCUGGAAAUGGAAGAUGCCAAAUUAGACCGGCUAAUAACAGAAGCUUUGAACGGGCUGGCGUAUCAGUCGGACAACGCAGAGAUAGACAGCAGCUUUAUUGAUGCGUUCGUUGACGAUGACCUCACCACAGUCAAAACAGCAUCAAGCAAGCAAUGUGUGAAAACGAAAGAAUCUGUAGUCUUUGAGAGCAAAAACAAACAAGCAGCUGAUGAAAGAGCCUUCACACAAGGAAAGUAUUGUUAUGACUCUGAUGCUGAGAGCCACAAGAAAAUGUCCACGAAUUUGGAACUAGAUGAGAAAAUUAACAUUAAAAAAGAAAUCUCCCAUAAAAAUUCAAGAAUCGCCUUGAGGGAGAAGACAUGGGAACGUGAGAGCAAAGUAAAAGAGGCAAGGAAGCUGUGUAAGAGCGAGGACAAAAACACAAGCACACAAAGGUUUCUCCUAUCCAGCAACUUUUCUGAGCAUUGUGGCUUAAAAAGCUUUCAGGACAACCCUGCGCUCCGAGGGUCAGCACCCUCGCAGGCCUCCACAUCUCCCAACUCGAAAAUCGCCGCUAAAGAAAGCAAGAAGAGAAGCACUGGAGGGGGCACCUGGAGCAAAGAACUCAUUCACAAAAUAGUUCAGCAAAAAAACAAACUCCACAAGCUCCACGUGAAAGGUACGAAAAACCUUCAGUUUUCCUUGGUGAUGGAGAGACUCACUCCGACUGUGCAGAAUCCUGCGUUCGGAGAAUACGACUACGUCUCCGACUCUGAUGAUGAAUGCGAGCCUGUAAAGAUAGCGAGCCAGGGCCGGCUGAAUCAAAGCAGCCGCUGUAAAUACACGUACACCAAACAGUGCAAAUGGCGCGCGAGGAGCGAGAGGGACCAGGCGGCGUGGAGGCACGAGUCGAAGGAGUGCUUUGAGAUGAAAAAAAGCGAGGAGUUGUCCGUCACACCGGAGAAACACAGUCCUCACCAAAAACUCAGGCGGAGAGGCAGCAGGUCGUCUACAAGCAGCGACCUCAGCACAUCUGUGAGUGUUUCAAGCGAUGGCAUCAACAGCCCCAAAAGCACUGACCGCACUGACUCAGACAGUGAGAAGAAGGCAGACAAACAGAAAGAGUCUCCCGAGCCAAAAAGCCAUGACAGGUCUACCCUGAAGAAGUUAUUUAAAGAGUCCAACACUCUUGCACUGACAUUCACUAAAUCUGUCAAGAAGUAUAACACAGACAAGGCUGCUCAUUCUGAUAACAAAGUGAGUGCAGAGGAACCGAAGAAAAGUCACUCGAAUCCAGUAGCUGCUGAUCCGCUGACAUCAUCAGACAGGGCGAGAGACAUGGCGAAGAACGUUGAAAAAAGAGGAAGUGCUCUUACAAAACCAAAAGACAAACCUGCGUCUCAUAAAAAGGAGCUUGACUCUGACAGAAAAAAACUACACAGAACAGACAAACUGAACCCAGAACCGACACAGGGCAGCACWAAUAACAGGACAUUAAAGGCCGAUUCUCAUUCUCCCUCUCUCACCAAAGGAGCCGACUUUCACGUUGACAGAAACACAAAGGGCGGAAGAGAAGAAGGGUCAGAAGCAGCGCCUCCCCAGCUAUCAGGCAGCACCACGCUGGAGAAACAGAGUGACAGUGUCUGCAUGGCGAAAGAGGCUAUUAUUUUAGUCAACGACCUCGACACACACAGACCUGCAUCUCUUUACACAUCUUUGAUUGAUGAGGUGUGCCUGUCCCCGACUGAAAGCCAAAAAGAUGCACUCCACCUCAUGCCCUACCCACUGGACCAAGAGCAGGGGCUCAUGAAAUCCCCMCUUUCAUUUGACACCUCAUCGAUAUUUGGAGAUCUCGCCGGAUUUGACAGCGGCCUCUACUCUGAGAUCCCCAUUCAGAAAGAGGGUUUCCCUACCUUAGAGAGCACAGCUGAUAAAAAGGAAGAGUUUGUCUCAUCUUUUUCCCCUUUUAUGGAACAAAGAGACUGGAGCCUCAUGGUUAACCCUGUGCUACGAGAUGAGAUAUCACCGUAUAAAGACAGUCCUGAAAAAACAAAUGAAAAGAAGUCGGACUACAAUCACAUUCCUUUGUCUCUGCCAGAAAAAAUAAUUGACUACAGUGCAACACUCAGCAGCUGUGCAUCAGAGGAUGAGCUGGAGAUAAAGAGAAUAGUGAAUGAGCUUGAAACCCAGCUGCAGUCGACGAAGCUGGAAAGCUCACCACUGCUGGAUCAGGAUGCCUCUAAGCAGCUGCAAAUGAGCAAAUUUUCACCAUUACAACUUGGGGAUAAGUCUGAAAGUGAGGACAAUGGUUUGAACGUCAAAAGCCCAGAGCAAGAAAUAAAUUUUCAAGUUUCAAGAAUGUCUUCAGAGCCUUUCACUGAACCAGAACCUUCAUGGCCUGGUCCAUUCCAGUUUGAGUUAAUUGGUGAAAAUCACGGCCCUAACACUCCAGUUCUCGACGAACAAGCAGAAAUCAAAACCAAACUUCACCAUGAACCAAAUGUAAAAGAGAGAGGUGCUGAAAAUGCAACUCCUGCUGAAACAAAGGAAGAGAUUUUGGAACAAAGACAAUACACAGAAAACCUCAUGAAAAGCCUGGAGGUGAUUUCUGACUCUAUAUUCAAAAAAGAACCCAUUAUAUCAGCACCUCAGAAGCCAAAUGUCAACUCUCUCACAAGUCAACAACACGGAGAAACUGAAUGUCAGGCCACUGAUGCAGCUGAGAGAGAAGAUCGCUGUGAAAAGGAAGCAAUUACCGUAAAGGAGAAUAUUUCGCCGCUUCCAAAUAUCAAUGAGCGGAACGAUGAAAUUGAAUUCAUUCUCAACGAGUCACAAUCAUCUCUCUCCAACGAGACUGACCCUCCAGUCGGUAGCAACCAACCGAUUUCAUCACAGCCAAGUGAACCUGCGGGGAACAGGGAUUACAAGACAGAGACUAAAGUCYCAGCAGAAGAGGAGAUCACAGCAAACAGCCAUUUGACUGAGUCUGCUCGCUGCUCGAGUAUUGUGACCCAUCGUUCACACGAGUUUGAAAAGUCUCCCAGGAACGGUGAUGCAGAAGACGAUUUAAAUCAACUGAAUAAAAAUGAGGAGGCUGGCGGUGAAUGUGUACUUACGGAUGGCCGCGAGGAAGCCGAGGCCGUGAAGGAAAUCAUUCGCCGACCUGAGGGUCAUCCUUUAUCACCAGCUCCAGUUGACCCCACUCAAGAGAUUGGCAAGAAGAUUGCAGAUGUGAUACAGUCUGRGCUGGAACAACAAUCCACUAAUGACAGUCCUCAAGUUAUUUGCUCAUCAGAAACUUGUGAACUGAAAGUGACACGUUCAGACAAUGCAGUUAAGGAUAUGACUGCUAAAACACCAAAACAAGAUCAUUCGAGUGUAAUUUCUCCCUCUAAAAACYCCAGUCCUUCAAAACUGUUCAGUGAAACAAACAUGUCAUUAGAGCUGGUUACCACAGACAAGCCCUGCAGUCCUAUGCUAGUGAAUACAGAAAGCUGCUGCUCACCCCUCCAUGACACUCAGUCAGCAGAGGGACAAAGCAAUCUGUUGCUCCUGUCACAGUCUGAUGGCAUCAUUACCYGCGAGUCCCACAAAAUGACUCCAUUUAAUGAAUCAUUAAAAACCGACACAGGUCUCGACUUUGAGUCUGCUCAGAAACAAGAGGAGAUUUUGAAUGUGCAGGACAUCAAAGAGCAUCUUCCUGUCAACUUUAUGGCAAGUCAGCAAAACUCCCCGUGCAGAGAGGCAGCAGAAGAAAGUCACUGCAUUUUUUUAGACGRUGCCUCACCCGUCAGUCCUCUUUUAUUAAUCCCUCCUCAACAGCCCUUGCAGAAAUUUGAUUCAGGYGAGGAUUUCUGCGAGCCAAAAAAAUGUAUCGAUCCGCGCUCUAAAAAUGGAAUAUCUCCCACGAGCGACGAUGACAACCAAAUCCUCCAGGAGGCUGUAAACAGUGAUUCAUUAAAGGAGACGACUGAGAUGGAGUGCUCUCUGAUACCUCAGUUGGAUUUUGGAAUCACAGAGUGUAAAAUUUCUGAAGCGGUCAGCUCCUCUCCACUUCCUGUGAGCAGCGCGGCAGAACCAGCAGAGGUGACAGACAGUCUUGAAAAAAGUGGUCUGAUGUUUGAUUUAAAGCUCAGUCCUCUCAACUACAGCGUCCUGUCAGAUGAGCCUCCACAGCUGAAUCAGUUUGACUACAUUCCAAUAUCACCUGCCAGCAAACCUGAGGAAAAUCUGCACACUGAGCAGAGACCCAGAGAAGACUGUGAAUCGUGUGACUUGAGCAUCCAUCCUGCACUGAUUUUUAACCAAGCUGAGACGGAAACAGCAACGUCGCUGAGCACAGACUCCAGGGCUAAACUGCACUCAUUAAAUAAACCUCUGAAAUAUACAUGCUUUUCAUUGGGUCUCACAGAUGAAGUGAAAAAAAUCAGCUCCUCCGCUGAUGAUGCGAAGGCAAGCUUGGAGGCUUUCCACGGCCCAGUUGAACCCGCUGAGGGUUUGCAGGUCCACGCUGACCUCCUGAGCAAAGCUGAAGCAGAGAGUUUGGUUCCUCACAAGGCUUCUGCUGAUGAGGGUGUUCUCAAAAACGAAUUUUCGGAUGAUCUGCCCACUUCUAAACCACUCACCAUCUGCGAAAACAACCAAAUGCUCCUUCCAGCAGACCAAUCAGAGAAGCAGCUACCAGCAUUUCACCAAACACACAAAGAAGCGACGCAGAAGAAGACACAGAGCAGUGAUCAACAGGGUAAAGUGCUCUGUGASAUUUGUUUUAUGUCUUUCAGAACUGUGCCAGGCUUAAAGAGACACAAGGCUAUGAAGCAUUCGGUCAGAGCUGAAAAAUGCGUUGGCCCACAGAGCACAACAUCAAGCCAUCAGGGGACUGUGCUUAUUUAUGAAGCAUCGCAAACUACAGAGAGAAAGCAUAAAGAUGAUUCACUGACUUGUUUCCCAGCAAAAAUAGAUGGGCUUCCUGAGAUAAGUAGCUCUCUCACAUCUAAAACAGCCAAGUCUGAGUCAGUCCUGGAGGAAGUGGCGACUGAGACGAGCGCGGCGGCAGCAGAUGAGAUAAACCGUCAGAACGCCCCGCUGCCAGCAAAGGCAAGGAAGAACAACAAAGCUAGAAAGAACAAGAACAGCGAGCUCAGUCCUGACCCUUUCUCUGAUGAGCUCCUGCAUUUAUUAAAAACAGACAUUCUGCAAGCUAUAACUCCUGAAUUCAAAAACAGCACUCUGCAAGAGCCCGGCAAAUCCCCUGAGGGGAAAAUCAAUGACAGAAGUGCUGCUCAAACAGAAGAAUUCCCUCACUUUGUUACUUCAGAUGCAGCCUUUAACAACACAACUCAAACUCCAACAAAAGAGCCAAGUGCACUCAGUGGYCCUGUGGGGUACAGUCAGUUUGGUGACACGGAGGUGAUGAAAUGUGCGAGCGCAACAAAGAGGUCGUACUUGGAAGCGUGCAUGGAUGAUAAUGUUGGAUCUGUGGAGAAGGAUAUUACUGGAGAAAGUGAUGAGACCAGAAAGAAUCUGAGCUCUGUGGGGGAGAUGUGCAAAGUGAAAGAAUCAGARGACAACACCGGCCUGGAGAUCCCGAGAAAAGUGUCGACGGAGAUUAAUUGUGUAGAAAACAGGAGUCCUUCUGACAAUCUAAACCCCGUCUCCUGUUCGACUUUAUCCCUCCCCAGUCCAUCCCCUGUGAGUCCGGAUCUGAGGCACUUGCUCGACGAUGACUCCACGUUCUCCCAGCUGUUCCCACGAGAUGAGGAAGCAAAAAAGAAAAAGUGCCCGAGGGUGUAUAGCAAACGAAACAAGAGACCAAAACUUUCCCUCCAUUCAGAUGAGACUAUAGACUACCUUCCUCCUGAAACUUUCAUGCAAAACAGAAAUCAGUUUGUGGAGCCACAAGCUGAGCAGAAUGUCAACAAUCAAACCAACCACUGUGAAUAUGAAACCAUUUCCAUUGAUGAUGCCAUCAUGUUAAACAUGUGUCACAACAGCGCUGUAAAGACUGAUGGGAAGCCAUUACCAGAUGGGAAACAAAGUGAUCAGCUUGGCCCCAUCAAUCCRCUGGGGAGUACUACUGAUAGAUCUGAAGCUGAAUGGAGCGAAUCCAGUAACUUACCUGGCUUUAACGGAGACUCAUCAGUGAUGUCUGAACCCAGCCUCUGUAAACCAGAGGAAGUGCUGAGCCCGCCCUGCCCUCUGCCAGCUGCUCCCUGCACCACAGAGGGUCCCCAAAGCUUCCACAGCAUCGACAUCCAAAACAUCAACACCACAUUUCAGCUUCCCGACAUCCAGUUCUUCGACUCCGAUAAAGAGAUUUCAGUAGCUCCCCCGCCCGAAAUGGCAGACACUGACAGCAGGGACGACGAAAAGUCAAAGAAAGUGACGGAGCGGCGAGGCAGGAAACGACAAGACGGAGGAAUGAAGGUCAAAGAUAAGCAGUACAAAUGCAAAGUGUGUUUCACUUGGUUCCUCACCUUGGGUGAGCUGAACUUUCACAAACUUUCCCACAACCCCUCUCCACCUCCAACCUGCUACAUGUGCGUCCAGCGCAAAUUCAGCUCCCGGGAGCAGCUGAGAGACCACCUGAGGGAGAAGCACGCCAAGAACAAGACGGGCAUCUGGACCUGUGGCAUGUGCCUGAAGGAGAUAUCAGAUGUGUGGAUGUACAACGAGCACCUGCGAGAGCACGCCACUCAGUUCGCCCGGAGAGGUCAGACUCAAGGCUCCAUGCUGGGCCUCCCAGGGAGCUUCAUGCAAGAGACAGCAGUGAAGAACUUUAUAUCCUCAAUCAUGCAGCAGCGACCCAGCAAAGCCAACAGAGAGUCCAGCAAAGUGACCAAAGAACAGGAGAAAUCAGCUGCCGCGGACAGCUCUGAGGGGGCUGAAGUUAAACUGCACAAAACUAAAAGCGGCAGUGGAGGAAGCGGGAAACAGAGCUCAUUAACCCCACUUGAAGUUCUGCACAAAACAGAAGCUCCCAAAAGUGUGGAGAUGCAUCCCAACUGCAAGGACCCCUCGAGGGACUGCCACCACUGCGGSAAACAGUUCCCCAAACCUUUCAAGCUCCAGAGACAUCUCGUGGUGCACAAUCUGGAGAGGAUUUUCCUGUGUCACAAAUGCCCCGUCUCUUAUCAGGAGGCCCAGGAGCUCCGAGAGCAUCUAAAGGCAGCUCACGAGGAGGUGGAGGAGCUGGAUUCCAAACACACGACACUUUACACCUGCGAGCUGUGCGCCGAUGUCAUGCACGUGAUUAAAAAGUCUUUCAUCUGCAGCACCUGCAACUACACCUUCUCCAAGAAGGAGCAAUUCGAUCGCCACAUGGAGAAGCACCUGUCGGGGGGGAACAAGAUCUUCAAAUUCCGAGGCGUCCUCAGGCCCGUCAAAGCCGCCGCGUCCAGAGAAAAUGAAUGUGAUUCACCUGCAAGGAAGAAGAGGAGACUUCUCUCUGACAGUCUGCCAGAAAUCAGCUCCGACAGUGGRAUCGCGAGUUUGAGCUCACUGCACCUAAAUCCAAAUCCUGAAACCCAGUCAUCAAAGCCAUCCAUUUCCACAGCUGAUGAUUCCACACAGACUUUCGCAAACGAAUACCACAGUGACACAAACAAUACAAACGUGAAGACGGAGGACAUUUCUGCAGACUGCUCUCAACUAGCAGAUCUGGAGAGCUGCAUGCAAAUAAGCUCCAUUGUGUCUGCUACACCCAAAGAAGAGGAAAACAACUUAACUCCUGCUAAUCUUGAUACGGAGGGCAGUGAAAAAUCUGUUAGUGAACCGUGUGACGUAAAAGAGGAGAAUGAGUCKGUCUGCAUUAAAGCAGAGGCAGCUUCACUGACGGCGUCUAAAGAAAGCUGUAACGUGGAAGAAGACAUGGUUAAAGCUAAGAAAGGUGACAAAACUGAAACUGAAGAUAAAACUGAUUCACCUCCGGCCGAUGAGAACUCUUUUAUCAUCUCAACAGAGAAGCAAAUCCAUCUGAAGACAUCUGAGUCUGCAAAGCAUGAAUUAGCUGUUGAUGAGAUGAACCAACGGGGGGAUGAUGAGCCGAGGCAUCACGCAUCGUUUUGUAAUGACAGUAACCAGCAGGUAUCAUCUCGUAGUGCUGAGCAGCAAAGCAGCAGUCAGAUGAAAAACAGUGUCYCUGCAGCCACCGACAACACGAAAACCAGCCCGGUAACCAGCUGCGCAAAGGCCGCCGAAUCAACUCCAGUCAUCCACACCAAGGUUUCCCCUCCGGCAUCAGCCACGAAUGAGGACAAGGACGCAGCAAAACCUCAGAGGAGGCGGAAAGACGUGAAAUCUGCMCACAUUCUGCAGCGACUCUCCUCUCCAGCCACGCAGGAAAACUUCGCCGURGAUUCGAAAGCCAAAAAGAAAUUUCGCCCGAGCAAAUGUGCAAACCCCUCCCUGCAGAGAAAGUCGGACGGCUCCAAAGAGUACCCCGUGCUGUCCUCGGUGCGGGACGACGUCGUGGGCAACAAAAUCAUUUCCAAGUGCAAGAAUGGAAGCUUGAGCUUGUCYUCAAAAAGAGGUUUGCUCGAAAGCUGUUUACCAAAGAAAGGGGACUUUAAUAAAAAGGGACCUCCCGGGAGAUCGGUGCACUCUCCUGUUUCUAAAGUGUCUUCAGUUCCUAUGAACAACUCUUUGAAUAAACCAAGGCCAAAGAUGGGGGUCAGGUCAGUGGAGAGUAACUCUUACCGGACAGCUGAGUCCCAGAAUCACCUUCUGAGUCAGCUGUUCGGCCAAAAACUCACCAGCUUCAAGAUUCCUUUGAGGAAGGACACAUCGGAAUCUAUUAACUGAGGG